GCCAUCUUUGUUACUGGCUACUGAAGCCUUGUUUGGUUAUAGUGAAGGGGGAGAACAGCGGAGCUUUCCGGGAGUAGAACCUGCUGGUUGGGAUAUAAAACAUGGUCCAGACGUGCUCAGCGUACGGCUGUAAGAACCGGUACCACAAAGACAAAGACAUCUCGUUCCACAAGUUCCCUCUGGCCCGGCCGGAUGUCUGCAGGAAGUGGGUCGCUGCGAUGAGGAGGAGCAACUUUAAGCCGACGAAGUACAGCAACAUCUGCUCACAGCAUUUCACCCAGGACUGCUUCAAGAGGGAAUGCAACAACCGGGUUCUGAAGGAGAGCGCCGUGCCGUCGCUGUUCGGCUGCAGCCUCAGCAUGAAGUCGUUAGAGAACCCGUUCCCCUCAGAGAUCCACUUCCCACUCUCCCUGCCCGUGACCUCUGACCCGCCACCAGCGGAGGAGCCCAGCGGGAGCCCGGCGGACGGCCGCAGCGACACGGCGGCGGUCUGCUGCGACCACAACUACACCGCGGAGGACUCGGCGCAGCAGAAGAAGCGAAUCGAGCAGCUGGAGGAGCAGCUGGAGCUGCUGAGGAGGAAGCUGAAGACCACGCAGCAGAAGUGCCGCAGACAGGAGCGGCAGCUGAAGAGGCUGAAGGCCGCGGGUCAGGCGUCCAGAACCGGACGGGAACCGCUCGGUGAUGGAUACGUGAUUCUACCCAAACACAUCUACCACACGCUGAAAGGCAUCCAGUGAUGAGCAGAGGAGAGGAACUGCAGACCGACGGCUGUCUGCUUCUUUCACCGCCAGAACUACCAGAACCAGAACUGCGGACCUACAGCCGGUCUGCUUCCAGUGGCUCAGAUAAACUGGGCAGUUUGUCGGUUUGGAGCUAAAGAACGUUGAAGAACCGCCGCAGAGCAAACCCAACGAGGCCAACAGCUCGUUAACAACCGUAAUAAACGAGUGACGAUCAGAA